AGGGGGAAUGAGGAAGGAGGAAGGAGGUAGGAGGGAGACUUCAGGAGGACGAAGGCAGGAGGGGGAGGGGUCUUCGUGGUUCCUCUCGCCACGUGAGGAAGGCGAGUUGCCGACAAGGAGGGGUGCUGCGUGAAGAGACGGUUGGUUGGGAACAGCUCCUUGAGUCCUUGGAAUGGGGCUGCGCAGUGACAAUAGCGGCUGUUGUACCGAUCUCCCUCGUGAUAACGACUGUUAUGUUAACGUUACAGCGUCUGCCGGGGAUGUCAACAAGCGCUCCAAGCCCGCAGCGACAUGGAAGACCAUUUACGCGGCGACAACCCUUCUUGGCUGCUGCUGGUUUACCAUUGCAGUCGUGAUGACGAUGAGAGGAGAGAUGGUGAGCGGGAGGACGUGUUGUCUGGGCUCAACUGCCGUCGAGGUGGCAGACAAGGGAGCAGAUGUGCGGAUCGGAGGUGGGGCAGCAUACGACUCGCUUGUUGUGGAGCGGCAUCAGGGAAGCAAGGAUGAAGAAGGUGGGACAGCGCAUGGGACACGGGACAUGGGGAGACUACUGGCUGAGCAGUCAUCGCCAUCGGACUUCUUGCAGAUGUUCCAAGCAGAUUUUUUGAAGGCAAAGCGGCUCGUGCUUCACUAUACACCCCAGCUCGCUGUGCUUGCGGACCUCAGCCCGUCAGACGAGAGGUACUGCAACUGGCUUAUCCGGGACUUGGUGUUCCCGCCAUCGCCGGACAACCUAAGUUCCAUCGUCUCCUUCUACUAUGUGCUGGACGAACGCUGCUAUGCGAGCGGCAAUCGGACCGAAGACGAGCGGCUGAUGUCCAUCAGGAAGGCGAAUGUGAAUAUUACGAGUCCUGAAGCUCAAGGUGCGGAGGCUCCAUCCCACCUCGACGUGAUUACUUAUUGGUGGCCCCUUGGUGAACCGAAGGGACCAAGAAAAACUUCUCCUAUUGUCUGGCAGAGUUAUAACAGCAGCAGUGUCCCUAUGGCUGCGUUUUCCGGGAUGGAGCUUUCCCGGCUUGGAACCAACCUCAUCUUUGGGUCCCAUCGCACCAGCGGGACCAUGACAUCGCAGGUCACCUUCGUCUCCCUCGCCUAUGGCAGUCGAUCUUCAGCGGCCAUAGAUGCAGAAUGGGUGGACGGCUUUGCGUUCAAUCAGAACAAGACGAAGCUGUACAUAAGCGAUCCGGUUGAACGUCCGCGAUUGUACUCCUUCCCACUGGGGGAGGGAGAGAUACCGCUGGACAAUCGUCCGUUGUACAGGACGGAGCAAAUCUUCAGUGGCGGUGUCGAUGGGGGUCCGAACGUCACUAGUCUGAAAUUUGGCAGUCAGAGUCUGACGUCAGACGGGAAAUGCCUCUACUUCGUCGACCACGAGUCGAACAGAGUGUGGGGAGCCAACCUUACCUCAGAUCCGCUCAAUGCCACGCUAAUAGCGGGAUCCGGACAAGCCGGAAAGGAUGAUGGAGUGGCAAUGCGAUCGUCAUUUGAGGGCUUGCGAUCUGUGGUCGUGACUCCGGAUGGAUGCAAUCUAUUCACCACGGAGGUCAGUCCGCCGGGAACUCUUCGCUGGCUCCAACUCGAUGAGCCCUGCGGUAAGGCAACGACCGUCGCCACCCUAGCCCAAACUGUUAAUUGGGGGCUCUGGGGUCUGGCCCUCCAUGACGAUGGGACCAAACUGGCACUGUACGUCGGGACCAACAGGGGACAUCUGUUCCAGCUGGAGCUCGAUAAGUCCAAACUUCACGGGUGCAGACCAGUCCCGACUCCUAGCCCAGAACCCACAUCCGCUCCCCUCUCCUCGGCGCUAUCUCCCUCCCCGUAUAGUGAUAGUGCGUCUCCCAGCCGUACCUGGGCAGCUCCCAUGCCGUCCAUUGGCAGCGCGAUCCCCAUUUCCUCCUCCUCCGCCUCAGCAUCAUCACAACCGAUAACACCGUCAUUCUCCUCCUCUCCCAAUUCCACUUCCCCCAUCAGUAGUGGGUCUGGUUUCUGAUCCGCCUAGCGACACUCCCUGCGACAACACCCAUGCGCAUAGCAAGAGAGUGCUAGCAUCAGCAAUGCCUCCCGCCGCACUGCCGCCAACCACUCCAGAACAGCACAUCGCUGACAUUGCUGCCGUUGAAGUCACUGUGCUAUCUUCUGUCCUUGGUCUACUCGCUCUUGCCGCACUAAUCGUGUGGAGGUAUGGAAGUGCCGCUAGACCUUGCCGCACUAAUCGACGUGUGAAUCUGGAAGUGCCGCGUUGCCCGCAAUGCCGCCGACGAUGACAAGGAGCCUCAAGAGGAACGCGACGCAGUAGAAACAGUAAAACCAAGGGCUUAGA